CAUACUGUCAGUAAGCAUAUAUCGGCUUAUUUAAGAUGACGAUUUAUUUUCGAUUGUUGAUGUUUUGGAUCUGUAUUUAUACGAGUACCUACCUGUGUACAGAAGGCACAGAGUACUACAUUUCAACUACCUCCAAUACUGGGAAUAAUGUUCCUCAGGACUGUCAAUUUGCGCAACCAGAAUAUGAUCACGAAUAUGAUUCUGGGAAAACUAUUCUGAGGAAUAGUAUCAUACUCAAUGCGACGCUUCGACAUGACGUUUGGAUUGGGUAUUUCCUUGCCUUCACAGAAUUUGAAUAUCAUGGAUGCGCAAUUAUACCGACAUCUGGUAUUGGUUAUACGGUUAACAAUCUAGUAGAUUGCCAUUAUGCGUGCAAUGGAAAUUACUUUGGACUUGAUUGUUCUGCUCAUGAGUUGCAAUGCAACUGCAUUGAUACAAUACCAGCUUUCCUAUCGAGAACAUCUUGCACGACAGCCGGUGGUUUGGUUUGUGGAGAAAACGGCAGGAAAGCCAUUUACAAAUUUAGUAAAGGCAAAACUUCAGGAGACCAAGACCAAAACAACACUUCUUAUCUGUGCAAGGCAUCUCCUUCAAAUUCCAAUCACUCCGCCUGGACAAAGUGUGGUGAUAGCACAAAAAGACGAAAAAUGUGGUGUCGAAGCGACGAAAGCAGUAGUCCCUUUCUAACUUAUGCAACGUUUGCUUCUUGGAAUGAAGCUAAUGACUACUGCGCUGACGUCUUUGCAAUACCGUCUACGGCGGUAGGUUACAACGGCAAAAGUUUCGACCAGAAGGCGUUCACGAAUAAAUUUCGGAGGUGGACUCUACAGCAAGGAAAUGAAAGUAUCAGUGGUGGUCCGAUGAGGUUUGCCUACGUUAGUCCAAACUCGCAAGAGAUUAAGUUUUCUGCCAACGCAAUGGAGUCGAAGAAUUUCUUAUGUUUAGUGCGAAUGUCGACUAACCAGCCAAGGACGCCUGCAACAUCAUCGUCCAGUACAACAAAAGUGGUUCAAACAACUGGAACAACAAAUACGACACGAGCGCUCUCCGCAACGAAUUCGCAAUCCACAAAAUCUACGACUACGGCUGUAGCAGCAGGGGUCUCAGUUACAGUCGCAAUAGCGUUUUCUGCUGUUGUGAUUGUCCUUUUCCUAAGAAACAAAAAGAAAUUGUGUUUCGAAAACACAAAAAUGUCAACAUUUGAGAACAGAGAUGAUGACCAACAUAUAUCGUUAGCGAGAGUUGAAUCAAAACCAACCGCAUACUACCAAGCAAAUGCGCCUGCUUUGGAUUACUUUGAUGGGGAUAUGUAUCAAGAGAUAGAUUCGAAUGAAACAUACGCGGGCAUUGAUGAAUCGCGAGAGGACAACAACGACUACGAUUACACUAACAAGGGAUUCAAGGACUCGCGAAAGGAAAUUUCAGACAACAUUUACAACCAUCUUAACUCUGCUGGUGACGAGUAUGAUCAUGUAGGCAAAGGGCAAAGCAACGUCAAUGCGAUGGAAAAUAACUAUGACGUUACGUCUGGUGCAGUUAGAAAAUGAACACGGCUAUGGAAACGAAAUUACCCGGAUGGGUAAAUAGUAUUUGCAUUUAUUCAGCGUUAGUUCAUUACAAGAUAAAGUUUAAAUUAUCAAAAUAAGGAAUACAUAUUUGUUGAAUACAUGCUUGUAUAUGCUUGAUGUAUUAUUAAUUAUCACAUAUUAUUAGAUCUAUUCACGCUGUUAUUCUCAUAUGUACUCAACGUUCUUCUUAAUCAUUAAAGCUAAUCGGCAAACGCCUCUCUUCAUACCAUGUGUAUAAUAUAGUUCACACAUAAAGAUAUGUUAAAGGAUAAUACACAUAAAAAAACAUAACGUCAUUUUUGUUCAGAAAUCAC